CGAAAAUGACUCGCCUGACACAGGAGCAGGAGUUAGGAGCCAUGUCCCUGUGAGACAUCCAGAAUUUCGAUCAAAUGCCUGCACAAGUGCAGUUGCACAGAGCAGCAGAGCAGCUCUUGUGAGGCACCAACACCUCUCAGAUUUGCUACUCUGGCCCAGAGCACUCUGACAGCAUUUCCUACCCCACGAAUGGCUACUCAGAGGAAGCACUUAGUGAAAGAUUUCAAUCCUCAUAUCACCUGCUACAUCUGUAAAGGCUAUCUUAUCAAGCCAACUACGGUAACUGAGUGCCUCCAUACAUUUUGUAAGACUUGUAUUGUUCAGCACUUUGAAGACAGCAAUGACUGUCCCAGGUGUGGCAACCAAGUUCAUGAGACCAAUCCACUAGAAAUGUUACGGUUGGAUAACACCUUAGAGGAAAUUAUAUUUAAGCUGGUGCCUGGACUUCGAGAACAGGAACUGCAGCGAGAGAUCGAAUUUUGGAAAAAAAACAAGCCUCAAGAAAAUGGACAAGAUGAAAGUCCAAAAGCUGAUAAGCCCAAAGUAGAUGAGGAAGGUGAUGAAAAUGAAGAAGAUAAAGACUAUCACAGGAGUGACCCACAGAUUGCUAUCUGCCUUGACUGUUUACGCAACAAUGGACAGUCAGGGGAUAAUGUAGUAAAAGGUUUAAUGAAGAAAUUCAUCCGCUGUUCCACCCGAGUGACCGUGGGAACUAUCAAAAAGUUUCUCAGCUUAAAAUUAAAACUUCCAAGUUCUUAUGAGCUGGAUGUACUAUGCAAUGGAGAAAUCAUGGGGAAGGAUCAUACUAUGGAAUUCAUCUAUAUGACAAGAUGGAGACUAAGAGGCGAAAACUUUCGGUGUCAGAACUGCUCAUCUUCGCAAGUCUGCUCGCAGGAUGGCACUUUUUAUCAGUCUUACCCUAUGGUACUUCAGUAUCGACCUAGAAUUGACUUCGGUUAGACCAAAGGGCCAGAUCCCACUGAGAUGAAUCCUGCACUAUUUGUUUACCCAUCGACAGAUUGCACAAUGGAUGGAUGUGCCUGGAUUAGGGAGACACAACCAGAUUUUCAGCAUGCAAAUAAGGACAUUGUCUUUCUUAAAACUGUCAGUUGCAUCUUUGUUGUUUCUAUUAGAGCAAGCCAAGUGCCAUUCUGCUACUGAAGUGUGCAUAAGAUAUUUGUGUAUCUUACAAGUGUGCUGCAAGUCAUAGCCAAAAUCAUGAAGUCUACAGUCAAGAUUCAGAACCUAUGGAAUAUUUUUGCCUGCGUGUUAGAAAAAUUUUCUGGUCCUAAUAUUGAUUACACUAGCAAAAUGGCAGAGUGCUCAUUCCAUGUGGUGUUGCAAUUUUCACAUACUAUUUUAUUGAAUAUUUGUUGUUUAAAUCAUAGAGUACUGUACAAAUAGCUAAGGAUUAUACCUUGAAAAUAUUUUGUAUAGAAAAUAUAUUUAGAAACGUGGUGAUUGGGCCACUAUCUUUUUCUUGAUAAGCUUCUCAUGGGUCCAGGUAUAGCUCACUCGUGAGUGUGCAACAGUCCUUUUGCAGUGAAUGAAGAUCACCCUUAACAAGAAGUGUAUAACAUGGUAAUUCCAAAAAGUAAUUUUAAGUUCUCUAAAUAGAUUCUGCCAAUCACUUAAAAGCAUCACAGCCUUUGUGAUUGCACUUUUCUAUGAUUUCCAUAAAGACUGGAAUUUGAGAUAUAGCUAAAUUUGGGAUAUGGCUUCUGGUCAGAUUAAUUUCUUCUAAUAAAGCCUUUGUAAAAAUGAAGUUAAAAAUUAUUUAAAUGGCUAUAAAACAAAGAAAUUCACUAUAAAAUCACAACUAGGGCAGAAUUUAUAUGUAAUUAUUGCUUUUCAUAAUAAGCAUUUCCUUUUAAUGGAAAUGGGUAGAGGUAAAUAAUAUGUUAAGAAAAAACAAACAUAUUUCAAAAUCUGUAGCUUUAAUUACAUUAUAGAUCUCUUGUGACUUUCUGCAGUUUGGAGUUAAUUGUAGAGUUUUUCAUUAGUUAAAGUCACAUCAUAAAACCAGUACCAUAAAAUUAGAGGUAAUGAAUGCAAUACUGACCAAAAUAAUUGUUCAGGUCAUUUUUUUUUCCUAAGACCUGGUAGUGCUGAAUAAACAAGUGAUUGUUGCCUUAGGUGUUGCAAACAUAAUGGUUCUAGUGUAGAAUGUUUAUUGAGGUUUCUGGUAACGUUGCAGGGAGCAUAGUAAUACGUACGUUUUCUGUAGUCUUCCGUUGUCUUUGCUCUGUUUAAAAGUCAAAUGAGUUUUUAACUUUAAAUUCUGUGGAGAUAAUUAUAGUUCAGUACUUUUUUGUAAUUUCUACUUAAUUCACACCUCCUAAUAUUGUAGAUAACUAUUUACUUCCUUAUGCCUUUUGCAUACAACAAAAAGGAACCAAAUCGGCUUUUCAGAAGCUAUUCUAGAGAGAACUAAUCAUCUUUAGAUAAGACGAAAUGAAAAUUCUAACUUUAAAACCUGGGAUCAAAGUAUAAAAGAUAGAUGCAAGGCUGUAGCUCCUUUCUAAGUUUGUGCUCAUGUACAUUAGUAUGUUUCGGUAGGAGAAACAAGCGUGUUGUGGAUAAAAUCUGGCCCCUUUAAUGUCAGGAGGAGUUGUAACAUUGAUGACUUCAGGAAUCCAUGUGUAGUUGGGUUAAAUCCUACCACCGCACUCCAAGGCCCAUAUGACAUGCGGAAAUAAAGAUGCUGUCAGUAGCAGUCUGUUUAGGAAACCUGCCAUUGCAGGUCGAGGUUGCACAUAUUGUGCAGACACCAGUGAACCUGGGGAAGCAAAACAUUUAGGAAGCUGCUGUUCCUUACUGUAGGCAUAAGGUGCUGACUGGUGCAGGCGCUCAGCUGCCCACACUGUUGGUGGGAAUGGGUGCCCCUACUGGCAGCAGUAAGUGGUCACCUUUUUGCCCACCUAGUCUGUGAUGUGCUACUGGACAGAAACAAGAUAACUUCAUGAAGGGAGGGCCCUUCUCUGCAUAGUCUCUGAAGAAGAACAGGUUUUUUACAAGCAAAGAGGUCCUCCCCAUGGAGCAGCUUGUAAGAGCAGAGCGUACAUUCUAAUUGCAAAUCAUUAUCUUUGUUGUACACAAUUGUUUUAUACAGUAGAAAUAGGAUAUUAUUUGUAAAUAUUUACAUGCACAUGCAAAUGACACCUUACAAUUUUUAUAUAUUUCACGUGUUUUUAUAUGAGAAUUUUCACUGUAGCUUCGCUUGACAUAAAAGGUCUGUUUCGGUUUAUCACAAAACUAACGAUAGUACUCUUAAGCGUAAUUUCUACUUUCAGAGGACAAUUUUUUUCUCAACAGUGGCAUUUACUAUUUCAGCAAAUUUGAACAGUCUUCUUUUAAGAAAAGAAAGGAAGAACAACAUGUAUUAUUUUUAAUCCAUUUUCAGUCAUCUUACAUGAAAGUUUGCAUCCACCUAACAGGACCACCGAAAUUUGACUAUGAAUGACAACCAAUAGAAGGUUUGAAUAUUUAAUGACCUUCUGGUUUUCCAGUUCAUUAAUUUGUUUUGAUCAGAAUUGGUAACAGUUUAACUCUUGGUCUCUUCUUGAUACAACUUAAAGCUAGAUUUCAGAAGGCAGAUCUUCAUUUUAAGCAUGGAAAAUACUGACAGAUAUGGUUUCAUAUUCCCGGCUGAGAAUCAUGGCCUUAAAUGCUUUCAAAUGCAUAUGAUCUAGCCACCUACACUUUAUACAUAUCUGGUUUGAUGGCACAGUGGCUGAGUGCUAUUCUAGUUUAAUGAUUUUCAUAGCGGUGAAGUGCCAAUGAAAUACAUAUCUUAACUGGGCAGCUUGUAUAACACAGGCAUUACUUCUUUUUUACAGGAAAUUUCUCUUCCAUAUAUUACGUACGUGCCAUGCGUCUACAGCUACGCAUAUUUGAUUAGCCCUGUUGAUUUGUUUGUGCCAAUUAAAAAUGUCUGAACAGCAUAGGAAUAUGAGAAUGCAAGGACAGAUUCUGGUGUGCCAAAGAUGGGAUAAAGUGAAGUGAGUACCUGAGCAUUCCAUUAAAACUGCACUAUAUGCCCUCAUAGAGCAGGAGAUUAGUGUAUACAGUCACACUUUCUGAAUAUUUCCAUGACAAAGUGUCACCACUACAUAGUAAGAAUAGGAACAUAAAAUAAGUAUUGCUAGAACUGUUUUUCUGCAGCUUUCCCAGUUGGCAGUACCUAGUUGCAGAGGCAUAACACCUAAAAAGGUCUGUACUACUACUUAACCAUGCAGUUUCUUACUCAGCAGAUUUAGCGCUCUUUUUUCCCCUAUAAGCCAAUAAUUCAUAUCUCCUUUUAACUCUGGGGUAACGUGUUAAUGAAAGUCAUAAGCAACCCUUUGCUGGGCAUAGCUGUAUGCUGUGUUUCUGUAGUAACAAACUGUAAGCUAGAAUUUAUAAGUGAGACCUUAUAAAAGCUGAAAUGAAUUACAUAAUCAAGAAAUGUAUCUCCCAUCAUAUAUUAUUACAGUGCUCGUGGCUAAGGGCUUAGUCCUAUUAAAAUAUUCAUUUUUGAGUGAAAUACCAAAUAAGAUUACUACAAUCAUCUGAGAGACUCAUCACCACACUAGGGAUUGUUCACGUGAAUGCUUCUGGGGUUUGGGCCCUAGCAGUACGCAGCACUGUAACUGUAAUGUUCAUAGUCAGCUAGCUUGUGGUUCAUAUGCAAAAGAAAAGUCCCAGUUCUUUUCUGAAAAAUACUAUUUUGGCUUUACUGAAAAUAUAUAUAGCAAAGUGCCUGAUUGUUAAUACAGAAUACCUUUUAAACCUAUUAUUUGCAUCUUGCAGGUAAUAUUUGCUUCUUUAUUUUAUCAAUGGUCUUUAUAUUUUCCGCAAGAAUAUUUCGUAACCAUUCUAUAUUUAGAAGCAAUCUUUCAAAUGAAACAAACGGAAAAAGAAACGUGUUUGGUCAGAUUAUAUAAAAUUGAAGGAACAUAUCUCUGCGGAAACUAUAUGAUGAGAAUGAGUUUUAUAUUGAGAUGAUAUUUUUCUUCAUGACUAACUGCGAAUGCUGGAUCUUGAUCUUUUCUCUCUGGGCUCUAAAAAUUUGACUCUACUUUCCUCUUCUGCAGUUUACAGAAGCAGUUCCAGUGUAUCUGUAGGAGAAAAGAUUGAUCACGUUCCUUAUAGGCAUAAGCUAGGCUCUCAUUCUCCAGCACAGAAUGAUGGUCCAGAGUUCUCUUCAUCUCGCCUCAUCUCAUCUCUUCCAUGUACAAUUGUUAGACCUGACUUUGCAAGAGAAGUAAGCAGUUUUUCUUUCUCCACUGUUUUCUAGAAUAACAAGUUAUGCCAUGUUUAGUCCUUUAAUCCACUGAAUUAUGUUGUUAGAUUUGUUUUUCAUUCCCAUAUCACUGAAGACACCAAGAGGCAUUCAAGCCCCAGAAAAAUAUGUGCAGGGUGAGGGGAGGUGUUUGCAAAAGAAGGAAUAUCAUCCAGUGCAGGCAAGUGCUAAGUCUCACAGAAAUUCUAGAAAACAUGUAAUUGUUCAAAGCCAGUCUUCAGUCUCAAAAUGAUCAAUUGAGCCAUGUUUAGAAAAGGGCUGGAAAAAAUCCUGGCCAGUUGUAUGGACUGAUCAAACACGUUUUUAUCCUGAAAAACACCAAAGGCGGUUAAAACUUUUGUUCCUACCCACAGCAAAUAUAUAAACGUUAUAGAGGUGCUUAGAUGAAGAACUUGGUCUGACUUCUUCAUGUAACUUAGGUUGAAGGCAUCAGUUUGAUUCCAUCAAAAAAUGCAUUUAUCAGGCAGGAUAUUCCACUCUAAUUUUACCUUGUUCUACCUUAUUUUGUUAUUUACAUCAGUUCAAAGAUUUAUUCAAGCUCCCUGUGUCCUGUAAUUCUAGGUUCUUGUAAAUCCUUUGUGCCCUUCCCCUACCCCCUUUUCAUGCCCAACAAAAGGAAACAUCAAAUAGUUGUAAAGGAGAAAUUGCACAUGAGGAAGCAGAUCAUAGGUUUGGUUAGUCAGGCAAUCCAGAAAAAGGGACAACUGAACAAAAAGGGACAACUGAACUUGUCUCUCACAAUAGUAGUAUUCAGAUCUAACUUUAUAUUUGCUUUUUUAAGAAGAUCAGAAUUAAGCAUGUUCAAGAAAAUGAAUAGUUAUAAAAGAAAAGAUUCAUGUGAUCACUUACCUGCCCUCUCAAAGGGUCAUUCACUUAGGUAGAGCCUUAAAAACGUAAGAUCAGGUCCCAUGGAAGAACAUGUGGAGUGUCCCUUAAAUCUUAAGCAACCCAUAAGUCUUGUAGUCUUGUAGUGUAGGAAUAGUUUCAUAGAUAAGACUGAACAUGGUGAAGAUUCCACAAGCUAUUAACAAUAUGUACAGAAGAAAGGAGAAAGGAAAAAAAAAAAAAAAAAAAAGGAUACCAAAAUGCUGUCUGUUAGGACAGGGUCUUUUAGAACAGGAGGCACACUUCAAGCAAUUCCAAGAAAAACACCAGAGCAUCAGUUUCCUAGAUGUGAGAACAAGGAGGUGAUGCGUUGGAUCUCUAGUUCGUGUCUUAGCAUAAGAUGGCAUAGUGACCAUAAUAUCUAUAAAUAGACGUUAGAAAGUUAAUGCUUAAUGCCCCAGUAAUUCAUAUUUUCUUUUGGGAUUAACCUAAGCUGCUCUGGAUUUCAGCAAAGUGUUCAUGGUUCUGCAUAUUGAAUCCUUUAUAGCCAAUUUGAACAAAGUAAUGCUUCCACAAGGUGUUCAGCUCAAGAUACUUGUUUGAGGAGGGAUUGCAGUCUGCUGGAGCAUGUUCCAGGAUGAUCACAAGGGGACUGAUUCACCCUAAAGGAAACGUGAAUAGCUUCCAACUGCUCAUUUACCACUAGCUUUAUGAAGUAUGGAAGGUUUGACCUUCAGACCUCAGCUGACGCAUCCUUUUGUAGGAACGUCCUCCAAAAUAUUACUAUUAUAAGAUCAUCAUUUUUUCUUUAUAAUCAGAUCUGGGGAGGGGGGAGGGGGGUAGGUUUUUUUUGUUUUUUUGUUUUUGUUUUUUUUUUUUAACCAAUACACUGCCUGUGUUAUAGAUCAGGAAGAAAAUGUCAGAUUCCAGAACAGGAACUAGAUUAAUGAAUUUAUAACUGAGAGAUGCUUUCUCGCAAGGUAUGCACCAGAAAUCUUACAGUGACUUCUUCUGAAUUCAGGUAGCUUGCUGAUACAGUUGAACAAGGACAUUGUUUCCUUCUCUAGUAAGCAAUUUAGUACAUCCAUGCAGUUCUGAAGUGUGAAGUGGAAGAGCUCUAUAGACUAGCGGAAAAGUCCAGGCUACUACUUGUAUUUGAAGAAAGAGGCCAAGUUCUUUGAACUCGGGAUGGAGGAUACAUUCUGGAAUGAAAGAUGUGUAGAGGUGGAAAUUUUUGUAAUUUUAACCAAAGAGAGGCAUUAGUUUGAAUUUGCGUGUUGAUCUGAAUCUUUAAACAUGCUUUUGUUUGAAGUAACUUUUAUGUGUGUUUUUAGCAAACGCUUCUAACAAGAUUUAACAAUAUGUGACAGAUAACAGGAUGAGGUGGGCUUAAGUAGUUAUUGUGUAUUUCCUUUUUCCUCACAAAGAUGAGUGGAAGGCAAGGUAAGAGUUAAGAGUUUGGUUGCUAUGUAAUAUACUAAAUUGCUGCAACAGUAAGACAUUUGUGCUGCUAGCUAGCAUUCAGAGGUUUGUAUUACACAUGAAGUUGUAAUAAAGAUGUUUAUUAUCAAAGUGCGAGGCACAUAUUUUAUGAUGGUAUUCUAUUCCUAAAAUUGUGUUUUGUAUUAUAGCAUAUUGAGUAAAGUAGGCAUUGUUGCUGUUGUCUGAUGAAUUUUGAUGUGGUAAAAUGAAACAUGCUCCCCUUUUACUGAAAAAUAUAACAUACUAACUGACUUACAAUUACUCUUUCUUUGUUGUCAGAUAUUUAGUUUGUUCAUUAAAAAAAAAGGUUUUUUUUCUAAAAAUAAACUAUUUUUAUGGAUAAUCUGAUUGCCUAAUAGUUUUAAGGGACUUAUUUAAUACCAAAGGUAAGCCACCCAGAAACUGCCUUGGAAUAAGGCACUGACGCUUUUCUCGAGUGCCGUGGUCAACAGUUACACCUGAAUCAGUCAAGCAAAAGUUCCUGGUAGUAACUGUAUGUCACCAAACUAAAGGGUUAGGCACACCUAGCAGUUUCCGAAACAAAAUAGAUUUAAAAAAAAAAAAAAACCAAACAAACAGGACUAGCGUAAGGGUUGAGGUAACAGGUAUAGAGUAGCUCUUUGAAUCACAGCUAACGUCAUUAAAAAAGAAAAGCACAAAGGCUUGCAUUACUGAUGUGUCUGCUAUACCUGGCCUGUGAACUAAUUUAAUACUUCAGUGUGCUGUCAGUCCUGUAAACCUUCCAGAGCACAAAAUAUUCACCAAGCUACUUUUGGGUUUUCUAGUUGUAGUUCAGUGAUGUUUUGGAGGGUGGAAAGGACAGAUUUGGAGGAUUAUGAGAAGAUAAUAAGUAUGUUUUACAGAUUUUUAUAGAUAUUUUUUUAGCAAAUGGCAUUGCUGUCCAAGAUGUUAGACAGAGGUUAGCAAAAAGUCAAUUAUUCUACUUGUUGUGCAGUAUAAAGAAUAAUGAAAUCCAGUAAAUAUCUUGAUUUUCCUUUCCAGUGUAGUGAUUAACUAAACUGGAAAUUAAUAGACCAGUUUAAUUAUUUAGCUGGCUCUGAAAUAUUUCAUUCUAAAAAAUUAUUGAUCUUAAUUUUUUUCUCAAAUAUAAGCUUCUUAGAAUAAACAUUAAGCAAUGCGUCAUUUUUCCCCAUAUUGCAGGCUUAACUGUUAUAAAGGAAAAUAUUUUACGGUUUUUUGUUUUUUUUUUUUAAUUAUUGCAAAGCCUGAAUUGUUAAAUGUUCCAGGCUACUGAAUGGAUGACAUAUAGUUACUCUAAGUGGAUUUUUUCGGAUGGGGGCCUAAGUGUCCUUAUAUAAGCUGUGAUCCAAGUUAUGAUAAGAAAGGAGCCCAUGGUGAGCAGUAAUAAUGUUCUAAUGCUUCCUUGCGUUUGAUCAGUAGCUAUCAGUUUUUAAUGUAACAGCCCUCACAGUACUUAGGAGCUCUUAGGACAUAUUGUGAUGUUAUGUUGCUAAUUUGUUUUAAAAUAUAAAAUGUUUUAAGCUUUUUGUCAAAAGUGAUAACAUCAUAUUACAAAUAAACCUUUUUGUGGUUGUAAAAUUUAGCUUAUAAAUCAUUCAAAUUGAAGUGAAAAAAAAAAACACAGGUCAUUGUUAAUGACAGUCUAUCCUAUUAAGAAUAUAUGUAUUUUUGUAAAGGAAAAGCACUUGUAGAUAUGUAAUCAGUCCAAUAUCUAUCUAUGUUAAUGUUUUGAAAAAACAAAAUGCUGCUUGGAGAAUCACAUAUUUUUAUUUUUGUGCUCAAAUGCAUUUUCUGUUGAUUUAUGGAAUGUUUAUUCUGUAUGAAGCUCUAUAGUUAGUACAGCUGGGCUAAAUGCACUUCUUACCUGAACUUAAUCAAGUAUAUCUGACUAUGCUAUUGUAUUUUCUGUCCAGUAUUGCAAAACUUAGGUUGAUGGUGCUGUUUUUCAUCUUUGAUAUUAGCUUCAUCCUGCCUUAUAACAUUUCUACUUCAUAAUAUUUACCAUAAAAAAUACUAAUAAUUUGUUGUGAGAUUUGUACUUUAAGGUGUGUUUUAAGGUAUGUUUAGUUAUUCAUUUGCAUUUCAUUAUACCUAUAAAAUUUUUAUAAAAUGUUGACAAAAUUUUACUUCAAAUAUUUAAAAACCGGUUCCCCCAGACAAAAAAUUAUACUAGAUUAGUCAAGUUUAAUAUUUAUUUUCCUCCUGAGGAACCUACUGCUGAGCACAUGCAUGGAAUAUGAUUGCAUUACUAAAGUUUUGGUUAAAUGAGCAUUUGUACAAAGUGUUUCUUUAAUUUAGAAUGACUCAUUUCUUGGAAUAUUUUGAGGCUGUUGGAAAUAUCAUCCUUACUGUAUUUUGACUCAACACAAUGAAUUAACAUACCUUUGAAAAAACAGUAAAACAGAAUUUUGUCAAAGUACUAGCAAAGAGUGAUAGCUGAAUUUGUUUGUAGUUGCUCGUAUAUAAUACUCUUUAUUUCAGUGGGAUUCUAUGGGGUUUCGUUGAAGGGACUUAAUGCUGAGUUAAUGUCUUCAGAUUGAUCUCAGUGAAGUUUUUUUGCUUAAUUAUCCUUGUAACCAAGACAUGAAAUAAGCCAGAAUUACCACUUCCACAAUGAGUUUCGUAUCAUGUGUGACUUUUCCAGUCUCUUAAUGUUAUUUAAAUUUAACCUUAUUGUAUUAACCUUAUAUGUUUUGAAACCUUUGAAUGUUUAUACUAGCAGUAGGUUCAGCGUUAUAAGCUCAACGGAGUAAAUACUUGCAUAACUGUCAAAUAGUGGGAGAAUUUCACUCAGACUAUGAAUCUUUGUAAUGCCACUAUCUCAUUAAUACGCAUGCUUUUCAAAGAUCGUUAAGUGAUCAAUUUUUAAUGUGUUUAAUGAUUUGAAUAUUGUACCUUUUUACAAUGUUUUCUUAAAGUAAUUUAUAUAUGAAUUCAUUGGGGGCUUAACAUCUCAGGGUGCACAAAGUAGCAUUUAAAAUCUUAAAUCCAUUUGAGCUAAAAAUAGAACAUACAUAUGUUGCAGUCUUGUUUUUUUUUUUUUUAUUUGUUGUGUUUCAUAGAGUUUAAACCAGCACUCUAAAUUCCACCCAGUUCUGCCAAAGGAAUAUUUUUUUCACCUGUAUUAAAAUCCUUAAAAAUUGAGUGUGGCCCUGGAAAGAAUGAGAAACCUAUAACUGAGUUAGGACUAGUGAGCAAUUCUGCAAUUAAGUCAGUGAAGUGCCAGUAUUAGUUUUCAUUUUAGAAAAACCCCUUGGUACUGCAUUUUGGUGCGAAGUGAAGUGAGCCUGUUUGAAGUUGCAUCUAUAUCUGCAAACAGGAUUUAUUUUAGAACAGGAGCUCAUGUGAACCCAGUAAAUGGACCUUUUAGGGUCUUGUGUACCAAAUAUAUUUGAUAUGUAAUGAUAUUUCUAAUUACGUAACUAUCUAUAUGGUUCAGUACAAGUGAUGUUAAACUGAGUGUUUCAUGCUAAUGUCAAGAAUGUUCACAGCACCUUUGUAACUGUUGAUAAGAAGUUAUCAUUUGGUAUGAUCCAUAUGCUGCAAGAUGCCUCUAGCCCAGUUGGAUUAAUCAUAUGAAUCUAGAUGAGCAAGAAGUAUAACUAAUCUGCUUACUAGCACUGAAUUGCUCCUUUCUCAAAGCAAUAAAUAUAUUCAUGUGGUAACAUCUGUUGUGCAGCCUACAAUACAAGUUGUUUUGUUGCAUUGUUUCUAUAUAAUUUAUUUUGUGCAAUAAAAAAAUCUCUGGUUUUACCUGA